GGGCGGGGGCGGGGCGGCGCGCGGGGCGCUGCUCGCCUUUUGUUCGGGCAGGAGCGGGGCGGGCGGCAGAGCCCGCGCCCGGGAGCCGCCGGCAGAGCAGCCAUGGAGGUGAUGAACAUGAUGGAGCAGCCCAUCAAGGUGACGGAGUGGCAGCAAACCUACACCUACGACUCGGGCAUCCACUCCGGCGUCAACACCCAGGUGCCCUCCGUCAGCAGCAAGUGCCUCGGGGACGAUGACGAGGUCUACGGGAAGCAGUACACCAUCAAGAAGACGACCACCACCAGUUACUGCCAGGGAGGGAGCCAGGGCCAGAGCCAAGCGCAAGCGGACAUGGAGGCUCAGCUGGCCAUGACCAGGGCCCAGCGCGUCCGGGCUGCCAUGUACCCCGAGACGGUGGAGGAUCGCUCCCUGCUCAUCACCACCCAGCUGGAGGGCCAGCAGACCAACGUGCAGCGCCUGGCAGAGCCCUCGCAGAUGCUGAAAUCGGCCAUCGUGCACCUCAUCAACUACCAGGACGACGCCGAGCUGGCCACCCGCGCCAUCCCGGAGCUCACCAAGCUGCUCAACGAUGAGGACCCGGUGGUUGUCAGCAAAGCGGCCAUGAUCGUCAACCAGCUCUCCAAGAAGGAGGCGUCGCGCCGCGCCCUGAUGCAGUCGCCCCAGAUCGUGGCGGCCGUGGUGCGCACCAUGCAGAGCACCAGCGACCUGGACACGGCCCGCUGCACCACCAGCAUCCUGCACAACCUCUCGCACCACCGCGAGGGCCUGCUCUCCAUCUUCAAGUCCGGCGGCAUCCCGGCCCUCGUCAGGAUGCUGAGCUCGCCGGUCGAGUCCGUCCUCUUCUACGCCAUCACCACCCUGCACAACCUGCUGCUCUACCAGGAAGGGGCCAAGAUGGCUGUGCGCCUGGCCGACGGCCUGCAGAAGAUGGUUCCCCUGCUGAACAAGAACAACCCCAAGUUCCUGGCUAUCACCACCGACUGCCUUCAGCUCCUCGCCUACGGGAACCAGGAGAGCAAGCUGAUUAUUUUGGCCAACGGAGGCCCCCAGGCCCUGGUGCAGAUCAUGCGCAGCUACAACUACGAGAAGCUGCUCUGGACCACGAGCCGGGUGCUCAAGGUGCUGUCGGUGUGUCCCAGCAACAAGCCGGCCAUCGUCGAGGCUGGUGGCAUGCAGGCCUUGGGCAAGCACCUGACCAGCUCCAGCCCCAGGCUGGUCCAGAACUGCCUCUGGACCCUGCGAAACCUCUCUGAUGUGGCUACCAAACAGGAGGGCCUGGACGGUGUCCUCAAGAUCCUGGUGAACCAGCUGAGCUCCGACGACGUGAACGUGCUGACCUGUGCCACCGGCACCCUCUCCAACCUGACCUGCAACAACAGCAAGAACAAGACCCUGGUGACGCAGUCGAACGGGGUGGAGGCCCUGAUCCACACCAUCCUGCGGGCGGGCGACAAGGAGGACAUCACCGAGCCGGCCGUCUGCGCUCUGCGGCACCUCACCAGCCGGCACCCCGAGGCUGAGAUGGCACAGAACUCGGUGCGGCUCAACUACGGCAUCCCCGCUAUCGUCAAGCUCCUCAACCAGCCCAACCAGUGGCCACUGGUCAAGGCUACCAUAGGCUUGAUUCGCAACCUGGCCCUGUGCCCGGCCAACCAUGCCCCGCUCCAGGAGGCCGCCGUCAUCCCCCGCCUGGUCCAGCUGCUGGUCAAGGCUCACCAGGACGCCCAGCGGCACGUAGCAGCCGGCACGCAGCAGCCCUACACGGACGGAGUAAAGAUGGAGGAGAUCGUGGAGGGCUGCACGGGGGCACUGCACAUCCUGGCCCGGGACCCCAUGAACCGCAUGGAGAUCUUCCGCCUCAACACCAUCCCUCUCUUCGUGCAGCUCCUCUACUCGCCGGUGGAGAACAUCCAGCGUGUCGCGGCUGGUGUCCUGUGCGAGCUGGCCCAGGACAAGGAGGCAGCAGAUGCCAUUGAUGCCGAGGGGGCCUCGGCUCCGCUGAUGGAGCUGCUGCACUCCAGGAACGAGGGGACGGCCACCUACGCAGCCGCCGUGCUCUUCCGAAUCUCAGAGGACAAGAACCCCGACUACAGGAAGCGUGUCUCCGUGGAGCUCACCAACUCCCUCUUCAAGCACGACCCGGCAGCCUGGGAGGCGGCGCAGAGCAUGAUCCCCAUCAACGAGCCCUACUCAGAUGAACUGGACCCCGGCUACCGCCCCAUGUACUCGGGUGACAUCCCGCUGGACCCCAUUGACAUGCACAUGGACAUGGACGGGGACUACCCCAUGGACGCCUACAGCGACGGCGUCCGAGCGCCCUUCGCUGACCACAUGCUCGCCUAACCCGCCCCGCAGCCCCCGCACCAGGUGUUUUCUCCGUACAGAAGAGGGUGGCCCCAGAGCUGAGCAUUCGCAAGAAGGACUUGGGAGACAGAAGUGCCUGAGAAGACAAACUUUUCCAUUCCCACGAGAGGUUUUAUUUUUCGAUUUAUUUUUUUUUUUCUUCGCUGUGGGUCUGUGGAGAAGGUCCUUCCUCCUGGGACUGCUUCGAGCACCUACUGCCGCAUCCAGCAUCCAAGAUACUGUUUCUGAAGCUUUAAAACACACAAAUCCUGCACCGUUAGCAACUUUUCAUUGGCAAAAUAGUCUUUUCUAUGAAUAUAUAUUUCUUUUUUAUUUUUAAUAUGGUGCCAACGGCUGUCGCCGUCUUUAAGUUUGUGCUUUCUAACUUCCCCACUACUUGUUCUGCGUGUUAGUGUUCUAGGAAAGGAAUCUAACACGGGAAAACCCUUUGCUUUCUGCGAACUCGAACUUAAUCAGGCCAAUCCAGAGUUUGUUGAAACCGAAGGGUGCCGUGUCCCAGGACCUUCGUUAUAGCCAUCGGGAUGUCUGCGGUUUAAUUCUUUCCGAUCAGCCGUUGGGGAGCUGACUUUGUGUACCUGCCUAUCCUACCAGUACCCAUAGAGGAGUGACUCCAGCAUUAGGAACCGUGUCCUUGUACCGAUCUCUGUUGCACAUUUUAACCCGUUUCCCUUCUUUUUGGUGAGUGGUGUGUUUCCGUCCCCUCCUCCCUUAUCUAACACAUUUUUUUAAAGAGGCUCUAGAUCUGAUGGUGGUUUAACGCGUUCCACCGCAAAGGGAUGGAUAGUUACUGGAGCGUGGUUCAGGAAUGGAAGAUUUUAUUAUUUCUGUAAGUUGUUUUUGUAUAGACCAAAGCAAAGAAUAAAAUAACCCCCCCCAGCC